UCCGACCUCCACACCGCAACGCUCAUUAUCCACACGCAGCAUACAACGUCCGCGACGGCGGCGAAGACACUGCGGGCAGCCAUGAAGCAUUGGCUCAUGAAAGCGGAGCCAGACUCCCGUAUCGUAAAGGGGAAGGAUGUUAAGUUUAGCGUAGACGACUUUGAGGCUAUGAAUACCACGCCAUGGGAGGGUGUAAGAAAUGCUGAAGCACGCAACCUCAUGAAAGAAAUGCAGAUUGGCGAUAGAGUGCUGUUCUACCACUCAAACUGCAAGAAUCCAGGCAUAGCAGCAUUUGCCGAGGUUUCGAAACAAGCCUACCCAGAUUGUACGGCAUGGGACCCCUCGCAUCCAUACUAUGACCAGAAAAGCGAUAAGGAAAACCCUAAGUGGUAUAUGGUCGAUUUGACGUUCAAUGCUCGUGCAAAGCAUUUCGUGCCACUCUCGCUGCUAAAGCGUAUCGCGGCGUCACCGCCCUCUGGGCCACCUCCUGACGUCGAGUUUAUCGGAGAAGAUGGAAUGAAGGCUAUUAAAGAGAUGGCUUUGAUCAACCGUGGCAGACUGAGCGUUCAGUACGUCGAACAGACGACCUGGUCCGUCAUAGAGGAGCUCGCCGACUCGGGAGGCUGGGAAGACGAAACAGUUAAGAGGGGGAAGGGGGCGGGCACAAAUGGAACCAAGGAAACGAAGAGGGUGCGGCCGGGUCGCGCAGCCAAGGCUAAGGUGCACGAUGAGCGGGAAGGCCCUGCAGAAGCAGACACCGUGGCUGGAGAAGGCAGUGGUGACCAAGUAGAAGAAGAGGAUGUAAAGAAAUCUACGGCUGCAACAUCUGCCGGCAAGAAGAGGAAGGCCGAAGUUGAACAGCUCCCUGACGCCCAGCCUCUGCGACGGUCAACUCGCACACGAAAGUGAGCCUUUCAUAAUCUUUGGAACCGCGGAGCCAUUCGCAACACCGUCGCGUAAUUGUAUGCAAAUGCGUGUUGGAGUGCAAGCAUGUCAACAACAUCGAUAAUAGCAUCUAUAAAACAACAAGCUACGAAAGCAUGGUAUAUAGCAGAUUGUGCGUUGCAGAUGGGUGUAAGAUGGUUCAGAGCAUUGCCCUCUAACUCGAGAGCUUUUAGUUGAUUCCGAGGAGCUUGACCUCUGCAAGACAUCGUCAGUCGUCGCCCUCGGCAAGAAGUCACAACACAACAUACCGAAGAUGAGGGUAGAGUUAGCAGGAAUACCGCCCUGGGCACGCUUGCCGUACGCAAGAGUAGAGGGGAUAGUGAGUAGACGCUCACCACCGACUUGCAUGCCCGCGAUACCCAUGUCCCAGCCCUUAAUGACCUCACCCUUGCCGAGCUUGAACUUGAACGGCUCGCCCUUGGUAUUUGAAUCGAAAACCUUGCCGUUCUGGAGCUUGCCAACGUAGCGUACCUUGACCAGGUUGCCGGCCUUGGCAGCAGGGCCGGUACCGACCUUGUGGUCCUGGAUUUUAAGGCCGCCAUCGAGGGUCUUGACUUCAUCAGCGCCACUUUUUUUCUUCUCCUCCUUCUUUGGCUGCUCCUUCUUCUUCUUCUUCUCAUCGGCCUUGGACUUCUCGGUCUCCUUCUCCGCGCCCGCGGCGACAGCCUUGCCGUCCUCAGCCUUGAGCUUCUUGCUCAACUUCUUCUGCUGUGCCUUGGAUAGCUUAGGCUCUUCAGUCUCUGUUGAGUCUUCAUCGCGGGGACGCUUCUUGGACUCGGUUUUCUGGGACAUCUGGGGCUCGUCGGCGAUUUCCUCGAAGCGGCUGCUAAAGGUUAGUCCUGGGAAGUCAUAGGAUGGCAGAGAAUAGCUUACUGUGAGUCACCCUCAAGAUCCUCGUCAUCAAGCUCAUCAGCAUCGAUCUCGACGUCCGAGCUAACGUCCUCUAAACGGUAUGCCUCCUCAUCAGAGUCGAAAUUAUCCUCAUCCUCACCACCAUACGGAUCUCGAGGAGAUUGGUCUGCGAAAAUUUGUUAGACAACAGAGAAUUACUGAGAACUGUAGCGCCUACCAAUGUAGUUUCCUGUCAGGUAGACAGUGCUUAAAGAGCGAAGUCAGGCAAAGCAAUAGACCAUACAAUGAGAUUUACGCACUUCUUGCCGGUGUUCUCGAGAAUAACACCUUCUUCCCCCUCCAAAAUCAGGUCAACAGUGGUUUGCUCAAUCUGGGAAGAAAUUAGUGUCUAGAAACGAAGUAGUUAG